GGGUGGUAGUGAGUCGCGUCUUGGAGCUGGAAUUUGGGGAGUGGAAAUACCACUGUUACUUUUACAGUUGGCGUAAAGUCGAAUGAGAGUGACUUCGCUGACAUUCUACUGUGCUGGUCAGUCAGUGCGCGUCGCGAAAGGAAGCACGGUCAAGAGACAGCGGAAUUGGGGAAACAUACGUAUGUUAGCUAAUGCCAGUUAAUUUUAGACGGGGCAGUGAGUGUAUGUUAUUGAAUCCUGUAAGUUUUUGAUCCACUUUUGAUAGCCUUCAAAUUUCUGUUAUCGAUGAUUACCUGUCGGGGAAUUUAAGAAGACUGGAUUUUCUAAAUCAACACUUGUUUUCUCCGUUUGGAUUAUUGUUAUAUUUUUUUUUUGCUGGGAAAUGUCAAAUACUUAUUCUGCGAGAGAAACACGAAUUUCGGAGGAGAGAGGAAACCGUUGUUGAAUAAUAACACAUGACGCUGCUUGCGACCUGAAACACACAAAAUAAAUUGAUUGGACAAUUGUUCUUUAUCACUGCACACUAUAACAAGGUGGAAAUAGCAAGGAUUUGUUUUGCUUUUUACCGACGUCUGUAUUUUACAGUCCAAUUAUGUAUUGUGGAUUAAUACUGUUCUUUUCAACCCAACUCAUCUUUGUGGCUUCAUUGACUCAAAGUGGCCAAUGUGGAGAUAACAUUGUGAUGACCAGUGCAAAUUACCUCACCUCACCUGGCUAUCCAAUGUCAUACUUUCCAUCCCAACACUGUAUGUGGGUUAUAUCAGCUCCAGAUCCGAGCCAGAAGAUACUCAUCAACUUCAACCCUCAUUUUGAUCUGGAGGACAGAGAGUGCAAGUAUGACUAUGUGGAGGUGUUUAACGGUGGGGACGAGAAUGCUCCGACACUCGGGAAGUUCUGCGGGAAGAUCGCCCCCUCUCCCAUCAUCUCCACCGGCAGCCAGCUCCUCAUCAAGUUUGUGACCGACUAUGAAACCCACGGCGCUGGAUUCUCUGUACGCUACGAGGUCUUCAAGACAGGACCUGAGUGCUCCAGAAACUUCACCGCGCCCAGUGGUCUGAUAAUGACCCCAGGCUUCCCGGACAAGUACCCCAACAACCUGGACUGCACCUUAAUGAUCAUCGCCCCCAAGACGUCCGAGAUUGUGGUGGACUUCAACGCCUUCGACAUGGAGCCGGACACCACGCCCCCACCCGGGGCCAUCUGCCGCUACGACUGGCUGGAGAUCUGGGACGGGUUCCCGGCAGUGGGUCCCCACAUUGGGAGGUACUGUGGGAACACCAGCCCAGGCCGGGUAAUCUCUUACACAGGGAUCCUGUCUAUGACCAUCAACACUGAUAGCGCCAUUGCCAGAGAGGGCUUCUCAGCCAAUUACACGUUCAGAGAUCGGAGUGUUUCACAGGGACAGACUCCGGAAGAUUUUACGUGUUUGGAGCCUCUGGGGAUGGAGUCAGGAGAGAUCACCUCGGAUCAGAUCACCGCCUCCUCUCAGUACAACCCCAACUGGUCUCCGGAACGUUCCAGACUCAACUACAAAGUCAACGGAUGGACCCCCUCGGAGGACUCCAGCCGAGAGUGGAUACAGGUGGACCUUGGCUUCCUCCGCUUUGUCUCAGCCGUGGGUACACAGGGAGCGAUCUCCAAGGAAACCAAGAAGGAGUAUUUUGUCCGCUCCUACAAAGUGGACGUGAGCUCCAACGGAGAUGAUUGGGUCACGAUAAAGGAGGACUCCAAGCAGAAGAUUUUCCAGGGGAACCGCAACCCAACAGAGGAGGCCAGAGCAUUCCUGCCUAAGCAGACCCUGGCCCGAUAUAUCCGGAUCCGACCCAUGUCCUGGGAGAUAGGCAUCUGCAUGCGCUUCGAGGUGUACGGCUGCAAAACCUCUGACUACCCCUGUUCCGGUAUGCUGGGAAUGGUCUCGGGACAGAUCUCAGACGCUCAGAUCACUGCAUCGUCGCACGCGGAUCGUGGCUGGGUUGCGGAGAACGCCAGGCUGCUGACCGGGAGGUCAGGUUGGACCCAGCACACAACCAGACAGCCCUUCAAGAACGAGUGGCUGCAGGUGGAUCUGAGCCAGGACAAGCUGGUCACUGGCCUGAUCAUCCAAGGAGGACGCAACAGGGAGAAGAAUGUCUUCAUGAAGAGGUUCAAGGUGGGAUACAGCAGCAACGGUUCCAACUGGACCAUGGUGAAGGAGAACGCCAACACCAACGCCAAGCCCAUGAUCUUCCUGGGGAAUCAGAACCAUGACACUCCGGAGCUGCGUUCCCUGGGCCCCCUUCGGACCCGCUUCCUCAGGGUCUACCCGGAGAGAGCCACCCCAGAGGGCCUGGGACUCCGGAUGGAGCUGCUGGGCUGUGAGAUCCAGGAACCCACGACACCGCCUCCAACCACGCCUGUGGUGACCACGUUCGUGGAGACAGCGUUCGCGGUCACGUCGGCGGCAGCAGGGACCGCGCCCACCUCGACGUCGGAGGAGUGCGACGACGAGCGGGCCAGUUGUCACAGCGGGACAGGAACAGGAACAGGAGGCGAGGACUACGACACCACAGGUAGUACCAUAGUGCCAGAUCCAACGUCGGAGGAAGAGUUGGUGCCAGAGAACCUGUUGUUUUCCUGUGACUUUGGCUGGGAGAACAACCCGUCGUUCUGUGGCUGGACGCUGAAGAAAGAUACCGGGGCUACGUGGUUGAUUCAAACCAGCAGGGAUUCCUCGGCCCGCAAAUGGCCCAACCUGGACCACAUAGGAGGUCCAGGGAACUUCAUCUACAUGCAGCUGGAUGCCGAGAGCGCAAUGGAGGAGGAGCAGGAGGGUGUGGUGAGGGGGGUCAAGGAGAGGGUGGCCCAGCUAACCAGCCUGCCCGUCGACGCCACAGACGCUACCAUGUGCCUGUCCUUCUGGUACCACAUGUUCGGGGAGCACGCCGGCACUCUCCACAUCAAGCAGAGGAAGGAGAUCGAGGGGGAGCUGAGGGACGCAGUGCUCUGGUCUGUCAGCGGACACCAGGGCAGCCGAUGGAGGGAGGGACGGGUGCUGGUGCCCCACUCCGGCACGCCCUACCAGGUGGUGAUCGAGGGAGUGGUUGACGAGAAUGGGAGGACUAUGGGACACAUCGCGCUGGACCAAGUGCAGAUCCUGGAUGGACUUGCUUCUGAGAAGUGUAAAAAUCCAUCCAUACUAGAGUCUUCUAGUGCCGAGCCAACCAAGAUCUUGAUAUACCCAGUUGGCUCAUACCACCCUGAACCAGUGGGGAACAGUGAACUGGGAAGCCCAGGCAACAUGCUGAAAACCCUGGACCCUAUUCUGAUCACCAUCAUUGCUAUGAGCGCCUUGGGAGUCUUCCUCGGUGCCAUCUGUGGGGUCGUCCUCUACUGCGCCUGCUCACACGGCCACAUGUCCGACAGCAGGAACUUGUCAGCCCUGGAGAACUAUAACUUUGAGCUGGUGGACGGCGUCAAGCUAAAAAAGGACAGCAAGCUGAACGCACAGAACAGCUACUCAGAGGCUUGAGCUAAAGGCACAGGCUUCCUCUGAGGGAAAGGAACAUGCGCAGCCAAGUAGCUGGAAGAACUGGCCCACCGGAGGAGGCUGUGUCCCAAAUGGCACCCUUAUUCCCUUAUAGUGCACUGCAUAGGGGAUCGGGUGCCCUGUGGGGCGCUACGUGGGGGGAUAUGAUGCUAUUUGGGACAUAGGCUACCGUAGAAGCGGCGGGAUGCUGUGAUUGAACCAUGCUAUUCUCAGGAGCUGCAGUGAAAGGAACCUACCCAUAGGGGGCACUGUGUAUAAAGAAAACUUGUACAGCAAAAACAUUUUUUUUUUUGGUAUGUUUUGCAAAGUGCCGUUUAUCGGUAAUCAGAUGCUGGUGUUGAGACCAAUUGAGAUGAAAGUAUUUCUUCUGGAAGAAUCUGAUUUGUCAUUUUUCUUCUGUGGUCAGUUUUAUUUUCUUCACGGAAAGUGCAUAGAAAAUGUUGAUUCAUAAUCCUGUCAUGUCGCUUUUCUGUGUAAUGUUACUUUCUGUAUGUCUGCAUUGAUUUGUGCAUUUUUAUGCGCUGGCGAGUGUGUGUGUGUGUGUGUGUGGGCAUCUGAAAGGGUAUUUGCCUGCGUUUGUGUGUGUAUGCAUCCAGAGAAGGGUGCUUGUCCUGGCCCUAGACUAAACAUCUAGUUCCAAAAGUGCCUUUUUGAAAGUUUCUGUUGCCUUUUCACCACUGAUUCUGUUCUAAUCAUAGCAGUAUGUAUGCAUCGACGGCUAGGGUGUGAUUUAAUUCUGAUCAUAAAAGUACAUAGGUAUUGGCUGGUAUAGUCUGAUUCUGUUCUGUUGAUAGCAGUAUGUAGGCGUCCGCUGGUACAAUCCGAUUCUUUUCUGAUCAUAGAGUUGGAUUGGCAGGAUUCCUGGCCGUCCCAUUCAUAGCACAUGAUGCAUACAACUUAUUGUACAUAGGUUUUAAUAUAUUUGAGCGCCCUUUUAUAUAUAUAUAUGUGUGUGUGUGUGUAUAUAUAUAUAUAUAUAUAUAUAUAUACAUAUAUACAUACAUAUAUACAUAUAUACAUAUAUACAUAUAUAUAUAUAUAUAUAUAUAUGACGAAAAGACAAAAUGCUGCAGUAUCCUUUCUUUGUGCUUCAUGUAUCUAAGGUGACGUUGUCUGGCCGUUAUCAUGCGCUGUAUGUAAUGAGUAAUUUUGUACGUUUACGUUGCGUUGGUGCUUUCACAAUGCUGCCUGGAAAAGGAGGGUUAUUAUGGUCAAUGGUUAGGGUCUUUUGAGAGAUGUUCAGAAUCAGCCGUGAUCAUACACAUCAGGUCUUAUUAAAGCAGGCAACGAUUUGGCCUAACAAGCAGAUAGUCAAAAACCUACUGGCUGCAUCUGAAAAAGGCUCCCUAUUCACUACAGAGUGCUCUUCUUUUGACCAGAGUCCUAUGAGCCCUGAUCAGAAGUAGUGUACUAUACAGCUAUAUGGAAAAUGGUGGCAAUAGACUUGGGGAUCUGAAGCAAAUUUACCAGAAGGAAAUUAUGACACCUGGAACAUUAUGGGCCAGUUUAUCAGACAAAGAUUAUCAAUCAGUGAUAGAGGUUGUUACUCCUGGACUAGGCCUACUCUAUGUCUGGGAAAUCUCUAAAUGUCAUUGGAGGAAUGAUGAUAAAAAACAAAUGAACUCUUCUGUAAUGCUGUUCUCAAGUAUUGUAUCCUAGCUCCUUAUUUUGUGUCUUAUUUGACUUUCUUGAUUGCUAACAUGAAGAGAUCUGUCAAAACGCACCACUGAAAAAAAGCAUCAAAGACGUGGAUCUAAUGUUUUAAUCCAUGGAUGCAAUGUUACUAUAGUGUUUAUUCCAACAGGCUGGGUCUAUUGAAGCUUCUAUGAUUGCUUCCUUUGUGUGUUUUGUUUUCUGGGUAGCUAGUUAGAUGUUUCAUGGUUCUGCUUGGAGUUGUUCAGUGUGCCGGCACUGAAUUAGAAGGAUCCCAGUUGGAAGUAAUCCUUCUGUGAUUCCUUGAUUCUCUCAUUAGAAAACGUUUGGUGUGGUCUUCCUCCAUAGGAAAGGAUGCUGCAGCACUCAAUGUGAAGAACAUUUGUUGCACUGAAAUAUUUAAAAGAUCUUUGUGUUGUUUAUAAUAUUGAUUUGUGAAAAAAAAAAAAA